GUGGGGCGGUUUGAGCGGCGGCAAUGGCGGGAGCGGGGCCUAGUGUGGAGCUGUGUGAGAGAGAGUGGGGAGUGGGGCCUAGUGUGGAGCUGUGUGUGUGUGAGAGAGAGCGGGGAGCGGGGCCUAAUGUGGAACUGUGAGAGAGAGAGCGGGGCUGUGAGGAGUCGGACCUGAGAGCGCGGUCGGGGCUGACUGACUUGGGCUGAGGGAUCCACAGGCCGACGCUGCUCGACAAGGCUGGCCGGCGGUCGGGCCCGGCUGCGAGCCGCCGCACGGUAGCCGAGAUCGGUGAGUCUACACCCGCGGGCCCGCUGCCGACCCCAGCCUCCCUGUUGCACAAACAAUUAGUGGGUAACAAUGGAAGAUUAUGAAGAGUUCUGUAAGAAGCAUUUAGUCAGGAUUCAGUCUGAGAUGGUAACAAAUGAAGUUCCACCAUCAGCUUGCCAAGAAAGCAUCUCUGUUCUCUGCUUCCAUGGGGUAGCUGUACUCUCUCCUCUGAUGAAUACUGAAAGAAAACUGGAGAUGCAGCAAUACAGACAGAAAGCUGUGGAAUUGGAGGUUGGUCGGUACAAAGCAAGAAAAAGUGCCUUGCUUACCCGUGUGGAAGAAAUUAUUGAAAACGUACAGGUAUGUAAAGUGCCAAGUACUACUGAAUAUGCAAAACAUCCUAUUACACAACUUCCAGUAAAUGAAUUCACAACAAUACAACAUUCUAACCGUUCUUCGCUUUCGCCAACAUGUACUGAAAACUCCAAGGACCUUAUUCUGUUAUCUAGACCGCUGUUGAAAUUGAAGGAAAAGAUUUCCAAUGGAAACUCUGACGAAAGAUGUAGCUUUUCUUCUCAAAUAAGCAAGCUGCCCAAAUCAACUGGUAACAUCCAAGCUAAUACUAGUUCAGUAUUUGUGAACCCUAAAAACACUGAUGUACUGCCACCUGCAAAGGAAUAUCCUGAUCCUUACACAAUGAGUCUCCAGAAUUUGCUUAAAAAGUCAAGGGAAUACAUAGAGAGAGAACAAAACCGACGUAAUGGGAAAACUGUUUCCAAGGAAGGUACAAAUGAAAGCCAUUCAGAUAAAGAAAAUGAUGGUGUUAAAGUUGAUGACUGGCAAAACGAACGAAACAACGUUUCUAACAGAAGUCAAAGUUCUAGUCCUGUGAUAGUUGAUAAUUCAUGCAGUUCAAGGUCAUCUUUACAAUCACAAGUUGCUUCUGUGAUCAAUGAAAGCUUUGAAUUGCAUGAUAAAAUAGCACUUAACGUAUCCACUUCAGUUUUAUGUACUCCAAAUUUAGACUUUGCAGCAAAGUCAAUAAACGGCUCAUCUAAAGAAUCUGAGUCAGAUGACGAUUGGAUAAAUAGAUCGGCAUCUGAAUAUGAAAAUAGUUUGCUUAAAAGUCUAACAGGAUCCUAUGCUAAACUGCCCAAUCCUGAACCAAGUCGAAGUCCCAAAAUACACCAAAGAUGCCCCAGAACCACAACCAAUAUUGUUAUUAAUAACCCAGUGAAUGCAUAUGAGCUUAGCCCAAAAGACAAAUUUAGUGGCGUACCUGGGACGAACACAUAUCAAAUAAACAUUGAUAGUCUUGAUGUACGGAGAGCUAUUCCAAAUGAGCUUUCAGUAAUUAUCAAUCAAGAAGAAAUUGAAAAACAUGCUGGAAAACUGCAAGAUCUUUCAUCGUCUUUGGGAAAGAUAAAUGAUAUAAUGUCAAAAAAUAAUUCACCAUUUACCAUCUCUGAACUUUGUGGAAAACCUGAAGUAAACUUGAUUGGAACCAUCGUUGAUACUGAAGUUCAGAUGCCAAUAAGGAGCUUGAUUCACAAAGAUUCAUGUGAUUUGGAACGGGCUUCUCCAUUGCUUACAAGUAAACAAGACGUAUGCCAGCUAUUAGAAACCCCACUUGAACUUGAUCUCAGUGACCAAAAGACCAGCAGCCUGAUUGAAAAGGCUAAACAAGGUUCACCUACUGUGCUGAACAAAUCGUAUGAUGUCAUUCAUCCAUCUCCAGUGCUGUUGCAAGCUCAACGCACAAAGCAACAAGCUGAUUUCUUGCUGGCACCUCCCGAACGUGAAAAGUGUUCACAAAGCAACAUGGAAAUUAAAGCCAAACGCAAGUUAGAUCUGGGUAUUCUAAAUACCAAAGAAAACAAACAGUCGACUAUUAAAACUACAGCCUCAUUUGUUCAGGAGAUGAGCAGGUGGAUUCAAGAAAGGCAUCAAAGAGUUCCUAUAAUCAGGAGUGAAAAUGAAGUGCCCUUAAAUAGCCAUAUUAAGACAGGAGAUGAAGAGCUUAUCACAAAACAGAUGUUGGCAUUGGUAGAAAUGCGGAGGCAGCUGGAGGAACAACAUACCUUGCAACUGUCUAUGCUCAUAGCUGAACAAGAGAAAGAGCAAGAGAAACUGCGGAUGGAAAUAGAAGAACAAGAAAGGCGACUGAGAGAGCAAACCAGUUUUGUGAGGGUCUCGUCGGAAAGUUGUUCAAGUAAAGAAACCUCUUUAGAUUGGAGGAGAAUAAAUAGAAGCUAUGUUGUGCCUUCCCUGACCAAUCGAGUGGAUGGCAGUCACUCUUUGCUCACCAGCAAAUCAAUAAGUCCUGAGUCAUCAUUCAGUCGAUGGGCAGUUCAGGAUGAUGGAGUCCAGGAAGUGCAGUCAUCCAGUUUCAUUAGCAGGCUGAGGACCAGACGCUCACAGAUGAAUACACCAGAAAUUCAACAAAAAUUUCAUAAGAUUACAGCUCUGGCAAAAGGAUUUUUAACUCGCAGACUGAUGAAGACAGUGAAACUAAAACAGCUUCAGCAAACUGUCAAAGAUACCAUGGAGUUCAUCAAUAGCUUCCAGCCAGAAGCAUCCUUGAGAAGAGGUGCCACUUCAUCACAAGAUGUUUCUCUGCAGGAAAGAGUUGUUGCUCAGUUGCGAGCUGCACUUUACGAUAUACAUGACAUCUUCUUUGUAUUAACUUCGAAUGAGAGAAUGCAGAUCCUAUCUCAAGAUCGUGAAAUUCGCAAAGAAAAACAACUGCGACAAAUGGUAACUUUCUCUGAGAAAUGGAAGUGUCCUAAAGAAAGAAUAUCCCUUUCAGUAGCAACUCAGAAAUCUUUAGACAGGAAAAAACAAAUUAAGGCUGCUGAAAUGGGAAUAACCAGUAAACAAAAGUCACAAACAAAACAAAAGACUUCAUCUGAAACCAGGAUUCUUCAACCAAGUCAAGGGCAGAACGCCCCUGUACAAAGACAACUACACAGACAAGGGAGUAUGUCCAGGAAGAGCGCUGAAAACAAAGUCAAGCGAUACGACUCACUGAGGAAGCAACACUCCAUUGGAUGAAAGGCGCUGCAGAGAUGCCAGACAUUGAAAAAAAUCAGCGUGUCAAUAAAAAAUACCAAAAUAAAACAACGAGUCUAUUGAAAUAAAUUUUGCAAGUGUCAAACUUUCUAAAUUAUCUUUGCAUAAAUAUUAACAAUUCCGUACCUCAAACU